UAUUUAAGCCAAGCACGCACCCAACGUCACCAUGAUCGCACACAAAUUUAUUAGUUUUCAUCUUCUUCUAGGGUUCCAAAAUCGGAAUCCCCUCUCUCUCUUCCAUUCUGAGAUCUAAUCGUGCCAUGGCGACUUUGGGGUCAUGGGAGGUAAAGAAGCCGGGACGAGCUUGAUGGGAUGUCUAAUCUCUAUCCUUCGCAGGGGAUUUAAUUUCUUUUAUUUCUUCUUUGUAUAGUUUUUUUUUUUUUCUGGCUCGGGUGAUUGCUGGGCGCAGCGGUUUAUCGAUCUUUUCCUUGCCUUGUUGUCUCUGAUUUCGGAAAAUGAUUGGACAGGUAAGGUGGCGAGGGUGCAAAGCGGGAAUUGGUCGAUAAACCUCUGCAUCCGGCUCUCACUUUUUUUUUUUUUUUUUUUUACUUUUUUUUUUAUUUCUGUUUUCUUUGUUUAAUUGAUUAUUGCUUCUGUUUUUUUUUUUUUGGUUUGAGAAUAUCAUUAUCUGGAAAGGACUGUGAUUUGUGAUGAGUCUGGGUUGUGUCAUUUCAUUUUAUAUUUUUAAAACUGUUUGCGUCUUUGAUUUUCUUUUACUGAGUCCGGCAUUAGUUGACUUUAGUGAGGAAUUAGGAAUGAUUUGUUAUUCGCAGAAGAAGAUAUGGAGGCAUAUAUGUUGGUUGACAAGCUCUUUAAGGUUCAUUCAACUUGAUCCUGCUAGCUCAAUAGCUCCUUUUUUUUUCUUUGAAAAUUUUUAGACAGGUUAGACUUUGUUAUAAUUUUUGCAGAUUUGAGGAUAAUUUGAUUUGCAUGAUAAAGGAUUGAACUGGCAUGUUUAGUAUUAAGAUACUGGUAUGGGUGCCCUAAAGCCCCAACGCAAAUGACUACGGAUGGCAAUUGUUUUAAAUAUUUUCUUUGUUAUAUAUUGAAUUUUCCUUGUGAUUAAGUUCUUUCUUAUUGUAAUGAUUACAUGUAGCUCCGACCAAAUCUAAGCCUUGGAUGAGCUAGGUGUAGAGAAGGAUGUGCAUGAAAUGUUUUGGUCCUCUUCUGUUCAGCUAUAAUCUUCAAGCCUUGGAGGUUAGAGGUUUGGAAAAAAUUGCAGUGACUGAGAGCCUUGUUUUGCUAGAUGAGCUAGUUGUGAUAGAUCGUUCUUGAUCAAAUUUAACUAACGACAAAUAUACUCUAUGAUAUGUAUUUGAUCCCACCCCCUUAUUUAUCAUUCGUUUGUGUCAAGUUUCUAGUCGACCACCAUUUGUGGCUUCAAGUUCAAGUUGAUUUAGGCUUCAUUUGGGACGGUUUUUUUGCUGCUUCUUAAAGCAGUUUUUUAGUAAAAAAAAUUUAACUUUUGUAUUAUAAAGCUGCUUUAAGAAGCAAUGAAAAAGCCGUCUCAAACGAAACCUUAGUCAUUCUAUUCAUGAAAUUCUUCAAGAAUUUUAAAAUUUUACUUUGAAUACGGCUAUUUUGUAUUUUGUAUAUUGCUGCAUGUAUUUGUUGAAUAUGACAACAUUGAGAAAUUUCUCUGACAUUUCACACCAAUUUGAGCUUGAGGAUGUCAAUAGGUUGAGGCUUGACAAGGCAAAGCUUACCGACAAGGUGAGAGACUACAACUGCAAUCAAGGCAAACAUGUUGGGCAGAAAAAACAAGUCAAUGAAGAUGUGCUAUGAUUGUUAGUCAGAGGGAAGCUUUUCCUUUGCUUGAUAAGGAUUCUUAGUCCAAUGAGGGAUCAAGCUGAAGUGGAUAGAAUCAUGCUUGAGCUUGACGGAACUCCAAAUAAGUCAAAGCUAGGUGCCAAUUCCAUUCUUGGAGUUUCUCUCAGUAUUUGUAGAGCUGGUGCCGGAGCCAAAGGUGUUCCUUUGUACAGACAUAUUCAAGAAAUAUCUGGAACCAAAUAUCUUGUUAUGCCAGUCCCAGCUUUCAAUGUGAUAAAUGGGGGGAGCCAUGCUGGCAACAAUUUAGCAAUGCAAGAAUUCAUGAUAUUACCAGUAGGUGCAAGUUCCUUCGCCGAAGCUUUGCGCAUGGGUAGUGAAGUUUAUCAUAUUUUGAAGGGUAUUAUUAAGGCAAAAUAUGGGCAAGAUGCAUGUAAUGUUGGAGAUGAAGGUGGUUUUGCUCCGAAUGUUCAGGAUAACCGGGAAGGACUUGUCCUACUGAUGGAUGCAAUUGAAAAGGCUGGUUACUCUGGAAAGAUCAAAAUAGGAAUGGAUGUUGCAGCUUCAGAGUUUUUUAGAAAGGAUGGAAACUAUGACCUAAACUUUAAGAAGCAGCCGAAUGAUGGAGCUCACGUGCUGUCAGCUCAGAGUUUAUGUGAACUGUACAAAGAAUUUAUUAGAGACUUUCCUAUUGUGUCCAUUGAGGAUCCUUUUGACCAAGAUGAUUGGAGUUCUUGGUCAUCUCUCCAAUCUUCAGUGGAUAUCCAACUAGUAGGAGAUGAUUUAUUGGUUACAAACCCUAUGAGAAUUGCUGAGGCAAUUCAAAAGAAGGCCUGCAAUGGUUUACUUUUAAAAGUAAACCAAAUUGGAACUGUAACUGAAUCAAUUAAAGCUGCCCUUGAUUCAAAAGCUGCAGGAUGGGGGGUGAUGGUGAGCCACCGUAGUGGUGAAACAGAAGACAAUUUUAUUGCAGACUUAUCCGUUGGCCUGGCCAGUGGGCAGAUCAAAACUGGAGCUCCAUGUCGUAGUGAGAGAUUGUCCAAGUAUAAUCAGCUCUUACGAAUUGAAGAGGAACUUGGAGAUGUGCGAUAUGCUGGCAAAGCUUUCAGAUCUCCACAAUAACACUUUAAGGUAGUGCAAAACUGUUUAAACUUGGGUAAUCCUCUUGCUGGAAAAUUUUGUAGAUUUCAACUUGGUUUCAAUUGAAAUUUCAACGGGCAACAGAGAUGCUAUUUUGCUA